UUCUGGAUGCUCUGCCCUUUGAGUUCAGAAUCAGUCUCGAUCAGAGGAGGAGCAGAGCUGGGUGCAAAAUAAUAAUCAUCUGUCCAGAAAGCCCGCGGAUUCCAAAGAAAUGUGAGUAGACUCGGCCCCACAGACGUCGGCGCCAUGUCAGACUUCUCUAGUGAGACCCUGAGUUCUUUUGCUGAUGAGGUCAAGAGUUCAGGCUCAUUCAUACCCUCCACCCAUGCCUCUGGGAACAAACCUGAGAGUGGAAAGGGAGCCAUAAGUUUGGAACUUCAAGAUAAACAGUCUGAACUGGCAGAGUUUAAAAAUAACGAAAAGUUAAGUAGACAAUGGACCAACCUCCCUAAGAGCAAAGAAAGUAACUCUGUACAGAACCAACCAGAUACCAAACUUAAAAAAGAAAUCAUUGUAGCAUCAGACCAAGAAUUGAAGGCGCUGCAGUCGUUCUGCGCAGUUAAGAUAAACCUGAUCUAUCACAGAGGCAACUCGAAGUCGGUACAAAGCAGCAGAAGUAAAAAGCAGCAACUCAGACUGCAUGGAGAGCGCCCAGAGAUGGACGCACAGAAAUGUACUGUUCCCGCCGAGAUUGUGAACAGAAUCUAUUUUAAAAAUGUCAGCGCAACUCUAAAACAGGUAUCAACGGUGAAGCAGCACAUUUCUUCGGAGUGUCACAAUUGUAACAGAAAAAGGGCAGAACUGGCUCAGUCUGCCUUCCUAAAGCAAAAGAAGACUUUCCUGGAGUCACUUUCACUCCAACAGAAAAUAGACGAGCAUCUUUACACCAGAGACUUUCUCACCUUGAUUGGAGAAGCCCACAAGUGCCUUCCGAGACUUUCAGAUGACCCGAGACUAAUCUGGAAAAGACUGAUGGAGAAAAGUCUGAUUGGAUGCCCCGGCUUUGAAAAGUCAGCCGCACAGCAGAUGUAGCAGGAUGGAAAUAAAAACUGCCACAUUCACCGUUUUGUCUAGCACUUCACAAGCCAUUUACCCUAACCAAAGCAGUGUUUACUAACAGCAACCUGUUGUGUGGUUAUGUGUAUGUAGUAUGCAAUGUGUUCUUGGUAUGUAUUUGAAUAAUUACCAGCACUUCUGAAGUCAUUUUGGAAGUUAAGACUUGGUUUUGCUUCUUCCACAGAUCUGAAGGCAAAGAACAUUUUUUUUUCUUUUUUAA